AUACGGAUCCAAUCCGACCCGUUUCCUUCUUCGGCUUUCUUCUCUCGCUUAUUUCUUUUUAUCUAUUUUUUCACGGCGGAGGCUUGAGAGAGAGCAGCUGCUUCUUCACCUUCGCCCAUGGAAUUAGAAUCAAAUUACGAAAUUGCCCUCACCGCCGACUUCAUACGCAGCCGGAACUUCACCAGAGUCGCUUUGCAGUUUCCGGAUGAGCUCUUGAAGGAUGCUACACGAGUAGUAAAAGCUUUGAGGGACAGAUUAGAGUCACCCAGUGAAUCAGGAAGUGGAGAUGGCAAAGAAGUUGGGCUGUUUGUAAUGGCAGAUACAACAUAUGGUAGUUGUUGUGUGGAUGAGGUUGGAGCAUCGCAUAUUAAUGCUGACUGCGUUGUUCAUUAUGGACACACAUGUUUGAGUCCGACAUCAAAUCUUCCAGCAUUCUUUGUUUUUGGGAAGGCACCCAUCAGUAUAUCUAAUUGUGCUGAGAAUUUAUCCACCUACGCAUUGACUCAAGGCAAGCAUAUUAUGGUUCUUUUUGGGCUGGAAUAUUCACAUGCCAUAGAAAUGAUCAAGGAAGCAUUGAUGCUUGAAUCAUCAAAGCUAAGUGGGUCCACAUCCAACUUGGAAUUCCACUUUGCUGAAGUUAUGUGCUCAGUUAUGAAUCCAUCAAAAGAUUGUACAACCUCCAAUGGGCACCUUGGAUCAGUUGGCAGCUUUACUGCCAAUGAAGGUUUCGGAAAGGCAACUGGUACUAGAUAUAGCAUUGGAGGAUUGGCUUGGAAUCUACCUGAGGGACACAGAAUGGAGGACUACUUGUUGGUUUGGAUUGGUGCUGAUAAUUCAGCAUUUGCAAAUGUUGUACUGACAUUCAAUGGCUGUGACAUAGUCAGAUAUGAUGCAGUGGAUAAUCGUUUGGUGACAGACUUAUCACAACAGAGAAGGAUUCUCAAGCGUAGAUAUUACUUAGUGGAGAAGGCAAAGGAUUCUAAUAUUAUUGGGCUUUUGGUGGGAACUCUUGGUGUAGCUGGUUAUCUUCAUAUGAUCCGCCAGAUGAAAGAGCUAAUUGCAGCAGCGGGGAAGAAGGCAUACACUCUUGUUAUGGGAAGACCAAACCCUGCAAAACUUGCCAACUUUCCUGAGUGUGAUGUUUUCAUAUAUGUCUCUUGUGCCCAAACUGCUCUCUUGGAUAGUAAAGAAUUCCUAGCUCCAGUAAUUACUCCUUUCGAAGCGAUGCUUGCUUUCAACAGAGGAAGUCAAUGGACAGGAGCAUAUGUUAUGGAAUUCCGUGAUUUGAUUUCAUCAUCUCCAGUGGAAGUAAGAAACCAAUCAGAAGAAGCACGAUUUUCCUUCCUUCAAGGGGGAUAUGUUGAAGACUUUGACUUGAAAGAGACAGAGGAUGCUGAAGAAGAUGAAGACGGUGCUCUUGCUUUAGCAUAUGCAACAGAGAAAGCUCUACAAGUGCGGGACAAGCACCCUAAUUCCCUAAUCAAGGGAACAGCUAAAUCUGGAGGCGAGUUCUUUGCAGCCCGAUCUUACCAUGGCCUUGAGAUGCAUAGCAACGACUCCUCGCCUGAACCAUAUUUGAUUGGGAGAGUUGGAAAGGCAUCAGGGUACGAGGGUGAGAAAGGCAACGAGAACUUUUGAUCAAGAUCUUUCGAAAGUUCAGGAUACCAGCAUUUCUGGGCAAGGAAGUUUGGCCACUGCAGUGUAUCUUCAAGUUGAUCGCCUCAAGAGGUUUGUCUCGGAUUCCAUUACUGUUCAAUUUCUAGACAGUAAUUAUGGAAUGCAUUAGCUUUCCAAGUUUGAUUUACUCAUUUCUGGAGUGUGUUAGUUACCUUAAUUUAGGGUUUUAGGGUGUUUUUGGGGCACUCCAAGGAAGGGUAACUCAGGAUGAUAAGCCAGAAGCUGCCUAGAUAAAAUGCUAUUGAAUAUCAGAAUGAAUGGACUUGGAGUACUCCAAUGCUGAUUAUUCUACCCAA